CAAAGGCCCAGUAAUCGACACCACUGUCGUGACCCUUCGAAAGAAUGAUCUCUGGUGCAAGGUACUCCGGGGUACCGCACAGUGUGUAUGUCUUGUCGGAAACAAUCUUCGCAAAACCAAGAUCGACUAGCACACAGUAUCCCUUAGAAUCAAUAAGAAUAUUCUCGGGUUUCAAAUCACGGUACGCAAUACCUCGGCGAUGCAAAUGCGAUAGCGAUUCUAGAAUACAUGCAGCAUAAAAUCGAGAGUUGCCGUUUGGAAUACCAUCUCUUGUCUCCGUAUGGAUCACGGAGAACAAUUCACCUCCUUGGACUAGAGCAAUCAGCAUGUACAGAUGGCGGUCAUCCUGGAAGGUUGCUACAAGAUCAACAACGAAGGGAUGCUGGAUGUUGGCCAUGAUAUUCUUCUCACGAAGAACACCCUCUACUUGAUGAUGCCCGAUGAUUGCACGUUUGCUCAAUUGUUUCAGAGCGUAUGGGGCACUAGUUUUCUUGUGACUGACGAGCCAGACCUUCCCGAACGUUCCAACACCCAAAAUACGGAACUUCACAAGAUCAUUGAGCUUAAUGUCUUUGUUCAAGGUAACAGUAUGCAUGACGAGUGGCUUUCCAAGACGUUUAAUAUCUCCGAUGACACUCUCGAUAUCUUUUCUGGUAAGAACUCCGCAUUCUGUGUCUGCUUCGAUCUUGACAGUGAUGGGGGACGGGCUUCCGAUUGGUUCUUUCAACCAAAGCGCUCCAAAGUAGUCGGCAUCCAUCAAGGUGUUGACUUGACCCUUGGAAUUCGAAACUACAAUUCGACCCUCACGAAUAAUAUAGAGAUUCGGUUCGUAUUCUUUUCCCUCCUCCGCAAGGAUGGUUCCGGCGGGAAAAGUUUGUUCCGUUAGCAACUCGGUGAGACGGGUCAUUUCGAACGGCUGGAACUCAGAAUUGGCAAAGACGGGAACACCUUCAAGCGUUCGUUUCUUUGCAGCUCGAUCGAUGAGAUGCUGGAGUGGGCCCAAAACCUUUUCAAAUGUGUCACGUGACAAACAUAAGGUAGUGCAAUUGGUGACAGCCGUAAUGUUCGCUGACCGGGCAUCUCCAGUCAGCAGGGCCCGUUCCCCGAACCAAUCACCCGGACCUAUGACUUGAUCUACGUAUUGACUAUCCCCGAAACCGAUGUCGUGAACUUUGACCUUACCUUCCCGAAGGAUGUAGAAUACCUCGCCAACAUCCCCCUUAUUGAUAAUGCGUUCUCCCUCAGGGAAGGUCACCGAUGUCAGUGCAUCGGAUAUGCGCAAUAAAUCAUUUUCCGCCAGUUCAGAAAGGAAAGGCACCUUGCGCAAGACAUCGUGGAUAUCCUUUUGCUGACUAGCAUUGUUGUUGGCCAACAUGUAUCGGAAUGUUCGUUGAUCGACCUUCCACAAGCGGCAAGUUGUAUUCGCCAGGCAAGUAGCAGCACGUGGACAGUUAUAAAGCAAGGCUAGUUCUCCGAACGAUCCUCCACGACCGCAUGCACCGACGUGGUUUCCGUCAACAGCAAACGUGACAUGACCUUCGUCAACUACGUAGAAGAAGUCUCCGGUUUCUCCUUGCUUAAUGAUUACGGUUCCUGCUUGAACCUUCUCCAUGACCAUGGCAUCGAUCAAGAGUCGACGUUCCUGUGCAGACAAGGAAGCGAAAAUGAAAUUGUCCACUAAGGAAUUGUCAAUGAAUCGAACGGCACCAUCAGAUUUGGGAUACUUGGGAACCUCGAACUUCUCGGUCAGAUCGACCUUUUCUGCGAAAAUAUUCUCGGCACGUUUUUGCUUUUGUCUGGCCUUUCCGUGGGCGUUGAUUUGCCGUUCUCGGUCCUCGGCGUCCGUUUGCAUGGGUGCCACGCCGCCAUCGUCUACCUUUGGUACAGGAGCUGGCGGAGGAGCAGCUACCGGUGCCUGUGAAAUUUUGUUUGUUUGUGGUCGUUGUUGUUGUCGUCGUGAUUGAACCACAGAUUUGAUGUGUGGUGUACCGUGCGUGCGUGGGAAUUUGUUUUGGUGAUUGGCAUACGAUUAUGUCCGCAUGCAUCAUUGUUGAACACCAAGUUAAAAGAAAAAAGAGAAUGGUUGCAUUGUGAGUAUACAUUGGUAUUCGUAAAUGUUUUUAUCUGGGUUGGAUGAACGGUCGGUUGGGGGAAAUGGGUCGGAACACAAGAGGACAAAUAUUCAUUGCACAAUGCAACAGAGAGGAAAUAUUUUUCGCAAAUGCUGAAUAAGAGCGCCAAUCCUCCAACCGGUUGGAAUCUGGAGUACGUGACGCGACAAUACGAUCGGGUGCUCGACCGAUCAAUCGAUCAAGCGUUGCAAGUUGAUCUCGAUAUUAUGACACUUGCAUUUCCAGAAACCCUCGGAGAAGCGUGACUAUCACUCUUCCUCUCCGACUUCUUCUUCUUGAACAUUUUGUUUAACCGAUUCAUCUUGUAUGUAAGUUCCGACUUCUUAAUCUGUCCCGGCGAGCUUCCAAAGAAUGCCUUGUGGGUUUGAUUGUUCAGCGGAGAUUGCUUGGUGAAAAUAGGGCUCAGGAGAGCAGAGCACCCUUUGUGUCAAUUGGUGGAAGCAAGUAAUCAAACGAAUCCAAAGGAUUUUUCAUUACGGGACAGCGGAGGUGCCAGAACCUCUCGAAAUGCUCCCUACUACAGUAGUAAGAGCAACGAGUACCAGUACCGGUAUGAUGGUGGUGUCUGAUAGUAUUUCGCGUAAGGGUCAUUCUCCCGAGCGUUGCGCCGAAGCACUUCUGUUUCUUGGCCAAAUUCAACAAGACCAGACAGGCUAAAGGUGCCGUAACGUACGGGGGAGACCCCGUACCGUACGAUCGCGCAUGGCAGGAGAUUUGGUCCGCACCGAGCGUGCAGCUUUUCCGAAGGCAGCAGAUGGAACCCUGAGACAGUUCCAGUCAUCCAUUUUAAUUCAAACUCUCGUACGGUAGGGUACGAAGAACGACCCUCCCUCUUUUCAGUCCCAGAACGUUUUUAGUCACAUAUUCGAUCGAACGAAUCAAUCAAUCACAUUAAAUGCACGGGCCAUCACAGAAUACAUUAUUAAAAACAAACCAAACCAAUCCAAAAAACAACAAUUACGAAAAAAUAAUGCAAUUGUGAUGCUCGGGCACGAAAAACUGUAACGGUGGAUACAGACCGUGGCACAAUUACUAGCACCGUUACGACAACUCACCGAAGAUGACGCAUCGGCGUCCUCUUUAACCCCUUCUGCGGAUGUCGAAUGCUUCUGUUUCUUCUGUGGCGUAGGAUCAGUUGUCGAUGGUGAAGGCGGCGUCUUUUUUUCCAUUCUCGCCGACGGUUCUACCGACCGCGGCCGGUGCAAGGAAUGUUGUUCCUGCGACUCUUCGGGGCAAGAAAUGGCGGCUGUCGGAUCUGUUGCUAGUUGUCUCUGUUUUCUACCAGUGCCCAUGCAUUGACCCAUUGUUUUCUGAUCGCAAUGGCGGUUGAGGUUCAAAUAAGAUUUCCUCGAGAAGCGUUCGGGCAGCGUGGUUGGGAUUCGCCGUCACGAAGGUGUGUUGUUUGUUGAAAGAAGUAAUCUUCGGUAGUACAAGGUUCUCGAAAGAGGUUAUUGAUAUCAUCAACAUAAAACUCAAAAAGUAUAAUUUUUAAAGGUCAACGGCAUUUAUGAAAACUAAUGCACUAUCGGCAGUCUCCUGUAAAAAAUACAUAAAAGUAAU